AUGACCUCCAAACAAUCAAAAAAGAAAGAAGUGCAUCGUAUCAAUUCAAUGCAUGGAUGGGACAAAUCUAAAGAUCAAUAUAUUUUUAGCAGUAAUGUACAAUCUAGUUCUCUUGAACAAAAGAAGGGGAAAUUCCCAAUCUGGCCAGAGUGGAGUGAAGCUGACAUAAAUGCAGAAAAAUGGGAUGCAGGAAAAGCUGCAAAGGAAAAGGACAAAACAGGCAAAAGUCCUAUAUUUCAUUUUUUUGAAGACCCUGAAGGGAAGAUUGAACUACCACCAUCCUUGAAAAUUUAUACAUGGAAACGUCCACAGGAUAUUAUAUUUAGUCGGACCCCAGUAGUUGUGAAAAAUGAAAUUAUGUUUGACUUGUUUUCUGCAAAUGAACAUUUAUUCGGCAGUGAGCUGAUGAGGUGGAUUAUCAGUGAGAUCUGUGCAGUGUGGAAGAUAUUCAACGGAAGCAUUCUGAACAACUAUUAUAAAGGCAAUGCAGGAGAACCUCCUGUUCUUGCCUGGAAGCCUUGGGAGCAUAUAUAUUCUCUGUGCAAGGCUGUGAAGGGUCACAUGCCUUUGUUCAACAGCUAUGGGAAGUACAUUGUCAAACUUUUCUGGAUGGGUUGCUGGAGAAAAAUAACUAUUGAUGACUUUCUUCCAUUUGAUGAAGAUAACAACCUAUUGCUUCCAACUACAACCUGUGAGAUUGAACUCUGGCCAAUGCUUUUGUCUAAAGCUAUCAUUAAAUUGGCAAAUGUCGACAUCCACGCAGCAGACAGGCGAGAAUUGGGCGAGUUCACAGUCAUUCAUGCCCUCACAGGGUGGCUACCAGAAGUCAUUUCUCUUCACCCAGGAUAUGUGGACAAAGUCUGGGAACUCUUGAAAGAAAUCUUGCCUGAGUUUAAGCUUUCAGAUGAGCCGAGCUCUGAAAGCAAAAUAGCAGAGGUAGACCCCAAAUUAAAAGAACCAGUAAAAGAUGGCAAAGAAGCAAAAGAGGUGAAAGAGGGAAAAGAAUUCAAAGAAACCAAACCUGAAACUUCGCAGACAACUCUCAAAGUGCCUGAGAAGAGUGACAGAGCACAAAAAGAGAAAACAGAUUCAAAAGACCUUGGGAAGAAGAGGAGUAAAGAUGGAGAAAAAGACAAGGAAAAAUCCAAAUUCUCACUUCAUGGUUCAAGACCCUCAUCAGAUGUGCAAUACUCUCUGCAGUCCCUAUCAGACUGUUCUUCAGCAACGCAGUCCCCUCACAUGGUCGUAUAUGCUACCUUUACACCUCUCUAUUUGUUUGAAAAGAAGAUAUUUUCAUUAGAGAAGAUGGCAGAUUCUGCUGAGAAACUUAGAGAAUAUGGAUUCUCCCACAUCUGUAGUCAUCCUGUGCUGGUGACUAGAACCAGGUCCUGUCCUCUAAUAGCACCACCAAAGCCACCCCUCAUACCUCCCUGGAAGCUCGUUCGUCAACAAAAGGAAAUUGUUGUGACAGAUGAAGCAAAAGAACCUAUAAUGAAGAAACCUGAACAGUUUCUUGAGAUUUCAAGUCCAUUUUUGAAUUAUAGGAUGAAUCCAUUUACAAUUCCAACACAAACGCAUUAUGUACAAUCUUGGGUUAAGAAAGGGUUGCAGCGAGGAUCGGGGUUGUCUCCCAUCACUGAGAAUGAGGAAGCUGCCAACCUGAGCCUGCUAGACUUGAAUCAAGUAACUACAACUCUUUCUCAGGGCAAUAUUACUUCACAAGUUGUACUUGGAAAAGAUGAACAAACAGAUUUUCCCUUGAGUGACCUGGCACAUCCACUUGAAGGACUGAGUUACCAAGAUUUUGUCAGCCUGACAGCAACCAUACAGGAAAAAUCUCAGGAAGAGCUCCUGGUAAAUACUACAGUGUCUAAAGAAACAUGGUUAGAUUAUGAAGACUUCUGUGUAUGCUUUCAGAAUAUAUGUAUUUUCCAUAAGCCAAGUACAUAUUGCUUUAACUUUCAGAAAUCAGAAUUUAAGUUCUCAGAUGAACGUGUGUCUUACUAUCUAUUUGUGGAUAGUUUAAAGCCCAUUGAACUACUGGUUUGCUUUUCUGCACUGGUGCGCUGGGGAGAAUCUGCAGCUUUAACAAAAGAUAGUCCUCCUGUAGAGCCUGGACUACUUAUUGCUGAAGAGCUUUCUUGGAAAUCUCUGAAGCCACGUAACCUUGUUCUGAAGAUUCAUACAUACGCUACCAAGGCUACAAUGGUUCGCCUCCCUGUGGGGAGACACUUCCUGCUCUUCACUAUAUAUUCCCAAAUAGGACAUUACAUACAGAUCUGCAGCAUGGUCACUUUUGUUGUUGGGGAUGAAGAUGUUGUGCUGCCCAACUUUGAGCCGGAGAGCUACCGAUUUACAGAUCAGUCUUUAACAAUUAUAAAAGCUAUUGGGAAUGUGAUUGCGAAUUUCAAAGAUAAGGCUAAACUCAAUGCAGCUCUGAAGGAUUUGCAAGCAGCUCACUACCCUGUGCCCCUCCAGGAUAAAGAACUAACUGCUCAACAUUUCAGGCUUUUUCAUAUUUCCUUGUGGCGUUUAAUGAAAACAGUUCAUGUAGUGAAAGCUCCUUCAAACUUCAAAUUUGCAUUCCGUGCUUUGGUUUUAGACUUGGAUGUACUUGAUUCAUCCAUGGAAGAGGUAUCUUUAGCAGACUGGGUAGAUGUUAAAUAUUCUUCACAAGUUUCUGAGAAGCAGUAUUCUCCUGAGGAAGUAGCAGCAGCAGUUAAAAUUCAGUCCAUGUGGAGAGGAACUUACGUUAGAUUACUCAUGAAAGCCAGAACACCAGACACAAAGGAAAAUAUUGUGGUUUCAGAUACUCUUCAAAAGGUUUGGGCUCUAUUGGAAAUGAAUAUGGAACAAUAUGCAGUUUAUCUCUUAAGAUUGAUGUUUAAAAGCAAGUGCAAGUCUAUUGAAUCCUAUCCAUGCUAUCAGGAUGAAGAAACAAAGAUUGCCUUUGCCGACUAUUCUGUGAACUAUCCAGACCAAUCACCAAAUUCUUGGUUUAUAGUUUUCAGGGAAAUAUUUUUGGUUCCUCAAGAUAUGAUUGUGGUCCCCAAAAUAUACACUACCCUUCCAGUCUGUAUUCUCCAUGUUGUUAAUAAUGACACAAUGGAACAAGUGCCAAAGGUAUUCCAAAAAGUGGUACCUUAUCUCUAUACCAAGAACAAGAAAGGAUAUACAUUCGUGGCUGAGGCAUUUACUGGUGAUACUUUUGUAUCAGCUUCAAGAUGGAAACUACGCAUCAUUGGGUCUUAUCAUCCACUCCCAUGCCUCUCUCGAGACCCUCCAAGCAAUACCUUUGCAAUGAAAGAAAUCAGAGAUUACUACAUACCAAAUGAUAAGAAAAUUGUAUUCAGGUAUUCAGUUAAAGGAGCAUUGCCACAUCCUGUUACAGUGCAGGUGCGCACAUCCAAAGCAGAUGCGUUCAUCAAACUACAGAUCCUAGAAAAUGAAGAAACAAUUGUUAGCACCACUGGAAAAGGCCAAGCUUUAAUACCAGCAUUUAACUUCUUAGGGUAUGAAAAAGAUUUGAGCUCUCAGUCUAGCAAGCAAAUUCUUUAUACUCAUACUUCUUCCAAGAAAGAGCAAGAAGCAUAUGCUAAGAAGAAGUCUGCCAUAGGAAGUCAGAAAUCAUUUAAGGGUAGACCUGGAAGUACAAUUAUCGACAUGGGUCAGCCGAUUACGGAUGAGGACGUUAUCUCUGUGCCCCCUAUAGAAAAAAAUCCAAGCACACCACAACAGGCUUACAAAUAUAUUAUUCAGUGUUUGGUGUUGUAUAAUAGCUGGCCGCUCACAGAAAAUCAGCUGUCGUUUGUUCAAGCACUAAAGGAUUUAGAGAAAAGUGAUAUCAAAGCUCAUUCAGAGAAACAUGAGGAAUCAGUUACAUUGGGGAGCCCAGAUUCCCAUACUAUCAGUGAAGGACAAAAGUCUUCAGGCAUUUCAAAAACAAGGAAAGGCAAAGAAAAGUCUUCUGAGAAAGAAAAGACUGCCAAGGAUAAACAAGCGACUCGCUUUGAGCCUCAGAUGUCUGCUGUUCAUUCUCAACAAGAUGACCCUAAUAAACCAUACUGGGUUUUGAGAUUGGUCACCGAGUACAAUGAAAUUGACUUACUUGAAGUGAAAAAAGAUACAGAGAGAGCAGAUGAAAUCCGAGCCAUGAAGCAAGCCUGGGAGACGACUGAGCCAGGAAGAGCAGUCAAAGCUUCUCAGGCUCGUUUGCAUUACCUCAGCCAGUACUUUAAGAAAAUGCCUGAAACUGAGUGUGCUCCAGCGGCUGAAAGUCCUGUGAAAACAGUGGAAGAAGUGGAAAAACCUGCAAUUACUGUAAAGGAGCGAGAAGCAAAGAGUACUGUGAGUUCAGAUGUCAAGCAGACCACCACAUCAGGGAGCAUGCUCUGGAAGAAGUGGCAGUUGGGUAAGCACAUAAAGGAACUGCCAAAAGCAUUAGGCAGUGAAAGUGGAGCUGGAGCACACUCAGCAGCAAAGGACAAGCAUGAGCACAGUGCGUGAAAGAACAAUAUAAAAACAGGGCCUUAUGCACGAUCCCCUACAAUUUUGGAACUCCCUCCACAUCUUAUUAAAAAAAAAUUAGAAUGUCUGGACAUGUCUAAAUAUGUAAGGAAAACAAAUGCUGAUAGUGUACUACAGACAGAAGAACUGAAUCAGCAGCAGGUAAUGCAAAAGGCAGAGGAAGUGCAUCAGUUUCGACAGUAUAGGACCAGGAUCCUUAGCAUUCGAGACAUUGACCAUGAAGAACAGCUGAAAGUAAAGGAUGAAGUCCUGGAGAUGUAUGGGGAAAUGCGGAACUCCUUAGAUGAAGCUCGACAGAAGAUCUUCAAUGUCCGGGAGGAAUACAGAAACAAGUUGCUGGAAGCUGAGCGCUUAAGGUUGGAAACACUCACUGCUGAGGAAUCGCGAAUUAGGAUAGAGUCAGAGAAGAAGACUCCUGCCUCUGACACACAGAAAAAAAACAAAGGGAAGAAAAAGUAA